AUGUCUACCAUAGCAAUGUACGCAAUCGACGAUUUCACGGUCUAUUUGAUGCCCAAGCAGGCAGCCCCCGCGUGCCCCCCAUGCCAAUCAAACAUCCUUCACUCAGUCUUCGAAGACGAUGAUGAGGAUUACGAAGUGCCAAUGUCCCUGCUAUCCAAAGUCAACCAAGUAUUCAAAAAGAUCUCCGUCGUUCGCGCUAACCUUCCUAAGGCCCUCGAAAUCUCUUACUACCAGUCCCCGUUCUAG